UUCUGUGUCCUCCCCGAUGGCAGCGAGGCUGGGGCAGGUGCUGCGUGCCCUGCAGUUUGCCAUAAGCAGCGUGCGCACCCCGAACCUCUGGCAUCGGAACAAACCUCACCUUCAGCAUUAACGAGCAAGUGGGAAUGCUUAUCUUUGCCCCAAAGAUAAGGAUUUGCUUGUUUAUUUAUUCAUUUUGGGCCCCGCGAUUCAUUUAGCUUGCUUCUGAACGGUAGGAUUUAGUUAUAAUGUAUGGUCUGCAGUAGUUACGUGACAGUGACUAAUGCCUGAUGACCACUCUGGCUAGCUGGGGUGGAAAACUGCUGUGCUGUCAUGCCCUGACUAUGGAAAGGAAAGCGGUUCUGGAUGGCCCUCGCCGGUAGCGUGCUGUCAAUCAGUUUCUUAAUGACUCUUUUAAAGAAUAAAAGCAGGAACCUCCUGGAAAGCUUUUUUCGGGCUGGCCCUUCCUUGUUUCGGUUGCUGUGUCCCUCCCCUGCCCCCAGCUGCUCGCCUCGUGCUGGCUGCAGCAUUUUGCUUCCUCCUUCUCCCUCUGCUCUCAGGCGCUGUCCCUUCUCCACGCUUUAUUUCCUGCCCCUCCCGGCUGCCGCUUUCAAAAUACACCACUUAUUUUCCAAUCCAGACUAUUAAUCUUUGUCCCACCUACUCAUGAGGCAUGAAGGUUUUACAGGAGCCCAUUAGCUGUUAUCUCUAUACCUUCCCACCAAAGGCUGAUGGGGAAGAAGGAGGUCCACCAGGGAAGUGCCUUCUGGUGGGGGCACCGCUUUUUUCCUGACGUUGCCGCCGGGCUCUGUAGGUCCCAGAUUUCCUCCCUCCGUGCUGUAAAAACACCUGAAACCUCAGCGCUGAGGGGAGAGGGAAUGUUGCUUUCAGUGCCUCUCAUCCCAGCGCUGCUCCAGGAGCAGAGGGGCGGCUGCCCGCCGCCAUCCCAUCCUUCGUGCCUCGCUGGUCUCCGGCGCUCUGCAGGGUUAAUGCCUUCACGUCUCACUGCUGCCUGCCAGCUCCUGGCUGGGGUUAGGGGCAGCAGGGCCGUCCCCGUUGCCUUGGGAAGCAGCAGCGCUGCCGUGCUGUGCGGGGAGGCUGUCGGAGCCAUCACAAGGGCGAAACUCUUGAUUCUGCAGUGGAGUGUGGCAGGCUGUGCUGGGAGGGUGGGGGUGGCUGCCAGGAUGAGCUAGGCUAUAAAGGGAGUGUUUUUUCUUAGCCCUUAUCGCUGCUGGCUGUCUUGCACUGGUGCAGAUUGGUGCUGUCGUUGUGCAGUGCAGUUGUAAAGGGGCGAUUUGCACCACUACUCUUUGCUUUUAGUUUCAGAACAGGCUUUGAAGCCGAACGUUUUGGGGUAGGGAAGGGGCAGACAAGGUGUAGGUGCAGGCAUAUUCCGGGCUGGUGUUUCUGCACUGGUAUUUGGGGGGUAUUACUCCAUUUUCCUGCGCUCUCCUCCAUAUACAGGCAGAGAUGAGUGCUUCUCUCUGACCUGGCACAGGUAUCAUCUUUUGUGGUCGGUUUUUCUGUUGGUUUAUUUUGUUUUAUUCCACGUGCACGCUUGCAUCUCUUCCCCCUUACAGCCCAGGCUCCGUGUCUGUCCCGGCUCUGCAGCUCCCACCGCAUGCGCUGCCCCGGCCGAGCCCUGGGGAGCACGAGGGAGCAGCUCGAUGCAGGCAGCCUGCAAAUGCUGCCUUGUUUAUGAGAGCUGCAGACUGCAGUCUGGGGGGAGCUGGGAAAGUUUGUCUGGCUUAAAGCGCUAAAGCUGGCAAAAGAUUGUAGGGCUUGGGCUGUAAUCAAUAAAACACGGGGUGUUGGGAAGCGAAGGUCAGAGUCCUUCCUCACUUCACCCUGUUCUUUAAAUAUCUCAGCAGUUGCUGGUGGCUGCUGCAGCGCUUGGACACAGCAGAGAACAGCGCGGACCUCAGCCCUCGGAGAAUCCCAGCUCUUAUUUAUCUGGAGGCGAACCCCGCUCCCUUCUGCUCCGAGGUUUAUGAUGCUGGGGCCCCUUCCCUGGUGCAGGGGCGAGCGCACGCGGUCCCUGGCUCAAAAUGGCAUCCUCCAUCUGCUUGUCCUGGAGAUAGCCCUGCGCCCGGUGCGCUGCCGCACUCCAACUCCUCUGCCUUAAUGGGUCACAUUUAGCAAUUCAAAAUCUGGCUUGUGAGAACAGUGCCUGAAGCAGGUCCACCAUGCCGUUAGUAACGAGGAACAUUGAGCCAAGGCACCUGUGCCGUCAGACGUUGCCUAGCGUUCGAAGCGAGCUGGAAUGCAUGACCAACAUCACCCUGGCAAAUGUCAUUCGACAGCUGGGCAGCCUGAGUAAAUUUGCAGAAGACAUAUUUGGAGAGUUGUUUACUCAAGCCAACACUUUUGCCUCUCGGAUGAGCGUUCUUGUCGAGAGAGUUGACCGCUUGCAAGUCAAAGUCACUCAGCUGGAUCCCAAGGAGGAGGAAGUCUCCCUGCAAGGCAUCAACACCAGGAAGGCCUUCAAAAGCUCCACUACUCAGGACCAGAAGCUCUUCGAUAGAGAUUCUCUGCCAGUGCCUGUCCUUGAAACCUAUGGGACCUGCAAUACUCCUCCACCUCUCAACAUUCUUUCCCCUUAUAGGGACGAUGGCAAGGAGGCACUUAAAUUCUACACGGAUCCUUCCUAUUUCUUUGACCUUUGGAAAGAGAAAAUGCUCCAGGACACCAAGGAUAUUAUGAAAGAGAAGCGGAAGCACAGGAAAGAGAAAAAGGAGAAUCCGAACCGAGGAAACGUGAACCCACGGAAAAUCAAAACCCGGAAAGAAGAGUGGGAGAAGCUGAAGAUGGGACAAGAAUUUGUUGAGAUAAAGGACAAACACGGUCCUGCUGGGUACCCCUCUAACAUGGUGUAUCAGAACGGCAGCAUCGGCUCCAACGAAAGCAUGGACGUGAACUGCUACCCGCCACCGCCGCAGACUGACUCCAUUGUGCCACCGCCUCCUUCGUUCCCAGAUGACAGCCUGCCUCCACCCCCGGUGGAAUUUAGCUAUCCUGUAGACAACCAAAGAGGUUCUGGUUCUGGAGGGACCAAAAGAUCCAGCCUGGUUAGCCCGAGCCACCCGCCACCGGCUCCUCCGAUCGGAUCCCCCGCCGGGGCCAGGCCGGGCUUUGCUCCCCCUCCAGCACCGCCUCCGCCACCGCCACUGAUGGGAAGCACCCCUCCUCCGCCACCCCCCGCGGGCUUCCCGUCCCCAGGGACCCCACCUCCCCCCUCUCCCCUGGCCCCCCGCCUCUGUCUUCCAGUGGCCUCGAUGGGCCCCCGGCGCCGCCUCCACCCUCAGACACCUCCGCCUCCAAGCCCAAGUCAUCCUUGCCCGCGGUUAGCGAUGCCAGGAGCGAUUUGCUCUCAGCGAUUCGUCAAGGCUUCCAGCUCCGCAAGGUGGAGGAGCAGCGGGAGCAGGAGAAGCGGGACGUUGUGGGCAACGACGUGGCAACCAUCCUGUCGCGCCGCAUCGCCGUGGAGUACAGCGACUCUGAGGAUGACUCUUCAGAGUUCGACGAGGACGAGUGGUCGGAUUAACCACGCUCCCAUCCCCUCGGUUCCCUUCCCUCCCGGGUUAACAGCUUCUUAAAAGAACCAGGUGGCCAAACCUUCCACCGUUUCCUUUUCCUCCCGUCACCAAAGAUGUGCCAAGGGUUUUCAGACAACCACCAGCGUGUCUCCCCUCUCCCUCCCCUCCGGCUCUGGCCGGGCGCUGUGCUCUGCCGUUCCGUCAGGUCUCCUCGCGGGCAGCGAGGAUGGCGGCGUUGGGAUUUAGCUGGAGGCAGCGGAACGGUUGCUUAUUUAAGAGAACUAAACCUCCAGAUUCUCGAUGCCACCAGGCAGAGCACAUAAAACCCCUCCAUCCUGAGGGAUUUUUAAAGCAAAGAUGGAUGAUCCUGUUGCGGCCGCGCGGCCUUUCAGAUGAAGGACAUUUUCAGCUAGUUUUCUCAUUGCAACAGCAGACAGUUGAUCUAGUGGCUCUUCCUUUCCAGCGAAUGCUGGUAGUGCUGCAAGAAAAUGGGCUUUAAAUGUCUGUUCCCUGCUGCAUCCCGCUGCCACAUAAUCAGUUUUUGGCAAUAGUGCGCAGCUCUUUCCCUUCUGACCCCCCUCGAUAUUUCCAGACUGCCCCCCCGUGGGGCGCGCUUCUGGCUCCAGGGCUGUGGGCUGCGUCGGGUGCAAUGCGAGGAGGGGCUCGUUCUCGUUUAAAGCCUUUACCUUGCUCAGAAAUCUCCGGGGCUGCUUCUGCCGAGGGAGCCUCGCACAAAGGGAUGGAUGCAAAGCCCCGGCGGAGCGGCUGCUCGGCUUCCUGCUGCAGGGAGAGCAGAGCCACCGCCCCAGCCGGCACGGUCAGCGCUGAGCGGCGGCGGAGCCCGGCGUUGCUGAUGGCUGUGCUUCGUGCUGGGAGCCUGCUUCAAAAAACAAAGCAAAAACCAGAAGUGCCUAGAGCAGGGAGGCGGUGGGGAGGGGGUUCUCCGAGCGCCGGGCCUCUCCUGGCCUGUGCAGGGCUCUGCUGCAGCCAGUUGGAAGCGAUGCUUUCCUUCUGCAGAGAGCGGAGCUGGAGAACAUGCUGGUGUUGCCCCAGCUUCCUCCUCCCUGCCCCCUGAGGGGGGGGGAUUUCUGUGCCUGCAGAUGUCUCGGCUGUGUGAGCUGAGAUGCCCACGGGUUACAUCAGACCUGCCCCGCGUUGUUCCCCGCGUUUUGUUAUUAUAGUUGAUUUAUCAUAGUUAAUUUUUAAGAAGGAGGUUUCUUCUCCUAGCUAACCCUACAGAUUCCUAGGCUGCUCACUACAGGCAGGGGGAGAAAAUGGAGAACUUGAACUAGCUGACCUAGGUGUUACUGCUGUUUUAUAUGACAUAGAAUAUAUGCAUAUCUCGGAAAUGGAGAAGCCAAUAUCCCCGUGCU